GAAGAAAAUAAGAUACCUUAUAAUUUAAUAAUUAUUUAGAUUUUUGGAAGAAAACUUCUCUUUCCAUUUCUUGACUCCAGGGGACUAGGACUGGAACUGGGGCCAGGGCUAUGAUGAUGAUUGUGCUCAACGUAACACAGAAGUGAGUUUUUGUCUCUGAUCCAAAGUAUAUUCGUCAGAAUUCUUUCACAUUGAUCGAAGAUGGAAUCGGAGAAGUUCAUUGCCGACGAGGUUCAGACAGUAAUCGAAUCGGCGAAGGCGUUGCAAGACUUAGCCGCAACUUCCAUUUCUAGAACAGCGCGAGAAGAAGAGGUUCUCCGUCAGCGAGUAUUCUCUCUAGACACGGCCUUUAUUAGUCUACGUUCAUCGAUUGCCUCAUCUUUGGAGAAAGGAAUCAUAUCUUCUGAAGAUGCGGAAAAGCUGGAAGAAAAGCUGUGCAGAGCUAGUUUUACAAUGACUGAAGGAGAUGCAGCAGCAUUUCUACCGAUUAAAUCCCAUGGUCGAUUUUUGCGACUAUUUCUUGGUCCAAUUAAUGUUUCUGCCUCGCAAAGAGAUGUCAAAUUGAAAGUUAAAGAGGAGUACAACAAAUUCAGAGAUAGAACAGCAUUUCUAUUUCUUGUCUUCCCUUCACUUCUACUUUUGUUGAGGUCAUGGGUUUGGAAUGGAUGCUUACCUGCAUUACCAGUUCAGCUUUACCAGGCCUGGUUGCUGUUUCUGUACACAGGUUUGGCUUUGAGAGAGAACAUACUUCGAAUCAAUGGAAGUGAUAUUCGACCAUGGUGGAUAUACCAUCAUUAUUUUGCCAUGGCAAUGUCAGUUAUCAGCCUCACCUGGGAGAUUGAAGGGGAACCAAGAUGCGCUCAUAAGCAGAAAGGGGUCCAACAUUUUCUCCAAUGGGCAAUAAUGCAAGGAGUUGCAAUGAUUCUACAAAACAGAUAUCAACGUCAAAGACUCUAUACACGUAUUGCUAUGGGCAAGGCUAGGAGAAUGGAUGUUGUCUGGGGAGAAACAGCUGCUGUAGAUGGCCAACUCUGGCUUUUGGCUCCUAUUCUAUUCAUGUUGCAGGGGUUUGAAGCAUAUGUGGGAGUGCUGUUACUAAAAUCAGCCUUUGUUGCCAGUUCUGAGUGGCAGGUAUUUAUAUGUGGGAUUCUUCUGAUAAUAAUGGCGGUUGGAAAUUUUGUGAACACAAUGCACACACUUAAGGGGAAAUCUCGAGUUAAAGCAAAAAUGAAGAGAAGCAAGAGCAAACAAGAAUUAGGUAGAUAAUAAUGAAUCUAUUUCUUCUUAAGUUAAAAUGUGUUGAAUAUAUCAUAUUUGUGUUGUUUAUUCUGUUAGAAUGUGAGCUUCUUUUUGUUAUUGUUUAGAAAGAGGGCUUCCUCAUAGUUUAUUUUAUGACAAUGUGAUAAAAUCACAAACCAAAAAGCUGUUUAAUUAUUUAUUAUUUACUUUAAGAUCCAAA